CUUUUCCUCUGUCAUCGAGCUUUAGUCUGCGGUCGGAGAGGUCUUUGUCCGAGGAAGGUGGGCGACAUUUAGGACUGUUUCCUCUCACACUUCAUCUCUGUGGUCUACACGGACUGAGGAUCGGCAGAACUUCAGCAUGGGGGCCAGCGUAGAGAAGAAGAAAACAUGUGGAACCAUCUGUCUGAAAUACCUCCUGUUUACUUUCAACUUUCUCUUUUGGUUGGCAGGGGGUGUUGUGAUGGCUGUGGGUGUUUGGACCUUGGUUGAAAAGAGCGACUACAUCAGUCUUCUCUCUUCCAAGACCUACGCUGCCUCUGCCUACAUACUGGUCCUGGCUGGAGCCAUUGUCAUGGUAACAGGCGUGCUGGGCUGCUGCGCCACUUUCAAGGAGCGGAAGAGGCUGCUGCGAGUGUACUUUGUCCUGUUGCUGUGUAUCUUCCUGUUGGAGAUCCUGGCGGGUGUCCUUGCAUAUAUCUACUACCAGCAGUUAAACGAGGAGCUGAAGCUGAACCUGAAGGAAACCAUGAACCAGAAAUACCAACAGAAGAGCCAUGAACACAUCACUAGAGCUGUGGACAAGCUGCAGCAAGAGUUCAAGUGCUGUGGGAGCAACAGUUCAUCUGACUGGGCUGCAAGCGUCUGGAUCCGCUCUGAAGCCUCAAAGCAGAGAGAGGUGCCUGACAGCUGCUGUAAGAGCAUCACAGAGUUUUGUGGCCGCAGGAGCCAUCCCUCUAACAUCUACAAGGUUGAGGGCGGCUGCAUCACUAAACUAGAGAACUUCAUCCUCGACCAUCUGAAGAUCAUCGGAGCAGUCGGUGUUGGGAUUGCCUGUGUACAGAUCAUAGGGAUGGUGUUUACAUGCUGCCUGUAUCGAAGUCUAAAGGCAGAGCCAUACUAGGAGAAGCAGAAGAAGAAAAGUGUGGGUGAAGGAGGUAACUCCAUCGCCACAACAUAUCUAAACAGCCCAUAGGUUUUCUUUUUUGCUGUGCACACAGGGGAAGGGAAAUUUAGCAAGGGAUCAAAUUGAAAAGUAAUUAGACACUUAAAUUUCACUCUUCACUACAUUUUCAAGAUCACAGUACUGUGAGAAAAAAGCCUCUGAGAGAAACUGAUGAGAAUUAAACCACAGCUUGUGUAAUGUGGCCUCCACGGAACUGAAAAAAAAAAAAAAAGUAGUUUUCUUCCACUCUGAUUCCCUUUAUGUGCAUAAGUAUGUGUGGACCAGCUGCUACACCUGAGAGUGGUGUAAAGAUUAGUGUAGUAAAACUGGCACUUACAGAAAAUGUUAAUCUCCUGGUUGUAGCAGCAGCAACAUCAGCUUCUCUUUUCCCAGCAGUGUAGUUAAACAAGCCCACGCCUGGGGCCCUCGACUGCAACAGCAUUCUCUUUCCACAUUAACUCACCAGCUUUUUAAAUCUUUGUUCGUUAGUUGCCUUUUAAACUUUUGAACUGUAUGUUUUUUUAUAUUUUGUAAAUGAUGAUAUUCUGUAACACCUGAGGUGCUUUCUUUCUUUCUCAAGUAUUAUUUUCAUUUAAUGCCUAAUAAGUCUUUAGUGUGGCAUCUCGCCAUCAUGUCAGUGUUCUAUCGUGUUCAAUCAAAUGUAAACACCUGUCAUGAUAAUCUUGACAGUGUGAAUGUAAUUGUGCCAUUUUGCCGACUUUUAUCAUGUGUAAAAGGUAUAAAUUCUGAUGCAGAUAGAAAUCAUUGUUUUGAAACAUACACACAGUGCCACUAAUAUUGCUCGUAAGAAAGUGCCUCAUGCUUUUCGAUUUUACUGUCUUCUUUUUAUAAGCAGGAUUUAUCCACUGAUGCCAAAGUUGGAACUAUUUUUAAGGACCUACUGUUGCUCUGUAACCCUUAUUUACUGAUCUACUGAGUUAUAUUAAAUUAAUUAGAGGACAUUUGUUAAAGUGAAGAUUUUUUUUUUUACUUUUCAAGUCAUAAAUAAAUAUUAUUGUAUUUAACAGACACAUGGUAGAAUAAUAAUAUUUUACUAUUAGUUAUGGUCAUUUCCUGUGUUUCUCAAAGACGACACAAAAUUAAUCUGCUGUAUUUUGGUCUUUGUAAUGAUCCAGGUGUUUUAGUUUGAAUAAAUGCCACUUCUCUGUG